CAAAGGCUGAAGCUGCUCCCUUUGCCACAUUAUAACUAGUAGGGGAUCCUCACCGACCAUGGCCACAGCUGCCUCGAAUCCCUACAGCAUUCUCAGUUCCAGCUCUAUGGUCCAUGCGGACUCUGCGGGAAUGCAGCAGGGGAGUCCUUUCCGAAACCCUCAGAAACUUCUCCAAAGUGAUUACUUGCAGGGAGUUCCUAGCAAUGGGCACCCCCUCGGGCAUCACUGGGUGACCAGUCUGAGCGAUGGAGGCCCAUGGUCUUCCACACUGGCCACCAGCCCCCUGGAACAGCAAGACGUGAAGCCUGGGCGCGAAGACCUACAGUUGGGCGCAAUCAUCCAUCACCGCUCUCCGCACGUCGCCCACCACUCUCCGCACACUAACCACCCGAAUGCUUGGGGGGCGAGCCCGGCUCCGAAUCCGUCCAUCACGUCGAGCAGCCAACCCCUUAACGUGUACUCGCAGCCGGGCUUCACGGUGAGUGGCAUGCUUGAGCACGGCGGGCUCACUCCACCGCCGGCCUCUGCCUCCACGCAGAGCUUACACCCAGUGCUCCGGGAGCCCCCAGACCACGGCGACCUAGGUUCGCACCACUGCCAGGACCACUCGGACGAGGAGACACCAACCUCGGAUGAGUUGGAACAGUUCGCCAAACAGUUCAAACAAAGAAGAAUCAAGUUGGGCUUCACGCAGGCUGACGUGGGGCUGGCGCUGGGCACACUGUACGGCAACGUGUUCUCUCAGACCACCAUCUGCAGGUUCGAGGCCUUACAACUGAGCUUCAAGAACAUGUGCAAGCUGAAGCCGCUGCUGAACAAGUGGCUGGAGGAGGCUGAUUCGUCCACAGGGAGUCCGACCAGCAUUGACAAGAUCGCGGCGCAGGGCCGCAAGCGCAAGAAGCGAACCUCUAUCGAGGUGAGUGUCAAGGGCGUACUGGAGACGCAUUUCCUCAAGUGUCCCAAGCCUGCCGCGCAGGAGAUUUCCUCGCUGGCAGACAGCCUCCAGUUGGAGAAAGAAGUGGUGCGUGUCUGGUUCUGUAAUCGAAGACAGAAAGAGAAAAGAAUGACUCCACCAGGGGAUCAGCAGCCACAUGAGGUUUAUUCGCACACGCACACGGUGAAAACAGACACGUCCUGCCACGAUCUCUGACUGCAGGAAGCGAGGAAGCAACCGGCCGCACUGGGAGCAGCGCGGAUUUCUCUUUCUCUUCCACUCUCUUCCUUUUACUCCAGCUUUUUAAUUGCUAUUUCUCUAGCUCUCUGUCUCUCUCUCUUUUUUGUUGUUCGUUCUUUCUUUUCC